AUGGAUAAUAAACCGGUCCCCGACAAGCUCUCGGGACUCUACAAUACACUCCUUUCUCGCCGUGCUUCCAACGAGCAUAAGGACUGGGAGCUCACCAUCACAGCUUUGAAGCUUCUCGCCGUUACCCACAGACCUUUUAGCAUCCUGGAGUUGUCCUGGGCCGUCACCCUGCAUACAGCCCGCCAUGUUACCACCGUUGACGACCUUUCCAAGCUAGUGGACCACCAAAAGCUUAUGAGCCUGAUUCAACCCUUCAUCGCAUGCGUUGAGCCUAGCAACUUGAGAAGGUAUCAAGUUCAGCUCAUAUAUCAGUCAAUGAAAGAGUUGAUUCUGAGGCGUUGGGAGCCCAAUGCCACGUAUUCAGGAAGUCCAGCUUCCGAGAGAGACGAUGGCCAGCGCUUUGGUGGUCCAGAGGCAUUGAUAUUGGAUAUAUGUAUCCGUUAUCUCCUUUUGACUGAAAUUGACGACCAAUACCUGUUCUCUGAAGAGCAGAUUGCAAUAUCGGAGCUUCCACAAGAGUCUGACUUGUUCAAUGAUGAGAAGGAGCCGGUCAAGUACGACUCUCAUUGCUCGUGGGAAGCUUGGGAAGAAGAUAUGAUUCAGUUCAAUCCGGCUGAGCUCGGACUGGGCGAGUUCUUUGUCUACGCAUCAUGCUACUGGCUGAAAUAUUAUACUCUCGUCACGGCUGAGGCCCUUCCCAACCUAGCGAGCAUAGAAAAGUUGUGCCGAGCCAAUUCGAUCCGAAUUCGCAAUUGGACUCAACAAAACCGCCGUCCGGGCUGUGCAAUGCCACCCAGAUUUCCAUUCGACAGCCAGCUGUAUGAUCCCCUCAGUAUCACCUGCCUUUAUGGCUCUGUGGAUAUGCUGCAUGCUAUGCUGAGAGGUUCGGAUUUUGACAAUAACAAUUUCCUUAACAUGACGGCUAUAAACGCGGCAGACCAAAUUCUGCAAUGGGGAGACAUGUCCAGGCUCGGCACACUUUUUCUGGAUCCGAGACUUGGUCAUCAGCUACGAAACCUGGACUUUUUCCGACUGAUUAUCCGCAGGUGGCGUGAAUCAAGUGUAUCUCGACCUGACUGGGAUGAUGCUUUUGCAUUGAUUGACCUCGCGACGGAUCAAAUGGUUCAGCAGCAGUGGGGGCUCGAGCUCUUCGACCGGGACGAAGAGCAGCCCGUCAUAUGCGUUUUUUGUGGCGCGCAGCCCGGCGAUUCUCCCGAGUACCUGGCGGCCGCUCGAGCACUUGCACAUGAACUACACGCCGCAAACGCGAAACUAGUCUACGGAGGUGGAACGAAAGGAUUGAUGGGCGAGGUCGCGAAGACUCUAGUAUCACUCUCUGGCCCAUCUGCCGUGCAUGGCUUCAUACCCCGGGCAUUGGUAGCAUACUAUCCCGAUGCGGACGUCGGCAAGUCCCAGAAUGACGGGAAACAACCAGAGCGAAUCCAAGCUCCAGGGUCUUCGCUGGCUGAGGGCGAAUACGGGAGGAUCACCAUCGUGGACAGCAUGCAUGAGCGAAAACAGAAAAUGGCCGAGCAAGUUCUCGCCGGUGGCCCUGGGUCAGGAUUUGUAGCCCUUCCGGGCGGUUAUGGGACCCUGGAGGAAGUGGCAGAGGUUAUAACGUGGAACCAACUGGGGAUUCAUGAUAGAGGAAUUGUGUUGUUGAACGUUAAUGGGUUUUGGGAUGGUCUUGUCGCGUGGAUUGCUAAGGCUGCUCAACGGGGAUUUAUUGGGCCGGCGAAUAAAGAUAUUAUGGUGGAAUGUAAGGAGGUGGGCGAGGUUAUUGGGGCGCUUAAAGCCUAUAACCCAAGCGGCGGGAGGCUGAACCUCUCUUGGGGCUGCAAGUGA